AAACCAAACCCCCCCAAGAUCACCCACACAAACACACAGUGGAGGGAGGGAAGGAGGCGCCAAUCUAGAGCACACGCAGGCAAAGUCUCGAUACAGCAGGAGGGCGAGACGCAGACACAGAGAGAGGAGAAAAAAGAAAAAUACAGCGAGACAUCGCGCGAACAGGAGGACCACUUCCCCCCUCCCUCCUCUCCAGUCUCCCUCCGCCGCGCCGCGAUUCCCCUCCCUCCCUUCUCCCCCCCGCGCCGUCGUCACCGCCGCCGCGGGAGGAGGGGGCGGAUCCCGAGGCCGACCUCGGCGAGCCAGAUCUGGGCCACAUGCCGCCCAGCUCGGCCUAGAUCCGCCCUGACCUAGCGCCGAGCGACGGGGUGGGGGCAUGGAGGACGCGUCCAAGUACGCGCACAGCCCGGCCCACCUCGCCGUGGUGCGGCGGGACCACGCCUCGCUCCGCCGCCUGGUCGCGGGGCUCCCGCGCCUCCCGCGCGCCGGGGAGGUGGCCACCGAGGAGGAGUCCAUCGCCGGCGAGGCCGUGGCCGACGCGGUCUCCGCCGCCAUCGACCGCCGCGACGUGCCGCGGAGGGAGACCCCGCUCCACCUCGCCGUGCGGCUCCGCGACCCCGUCGCCGCCGACAUCCUCAUGUCCGCCGGCGCCGACUGGUCGCUCCAGAACGCCGACGGGUGGUCCGCGCUCCAGGAGGCCGUCUGCACGCGGGAGGACGCCAUCGCCACCAUCAUCGCGCGCCACUACCAGCCCCUCGCCUGGGCCAAGUGGUGCCGCCGCCUCCCGCGCGUCCUCGCCUCCAUCAACCGCAUCCGAGACUUCUACAUGGAGAUCUCCUUCCACUUCGAGUCCUCCGUCAUACCCUUCAUCGGCCGCAUCGCCCCCUCCGACACUUACCGCAUUUGGAAGCGUGGAGCUGCGCUGCGUGCCGACAUGACGCUUGCCGGCUUCGACGGCUUCCGCAUCCAGCGUUCGGACCAGACCUUCUUGUUUCUCGGGGAUGGUGCUCGUCCUGAGGAUGCUGGGGGCAAAGAGUUGCACCCAGGUUCUCUCAUAGUGCUGGCUCAUAAGGACAAGGAGAUCACAGAUGCAUUGGAGGGAGCAGGGGUGCAACCAACGGAGGCCGAGGUCGCACAUGAGGUGGCGUUGAUGUCAAAGACGAACAUGUAUCGUCCCGGGAUCGACGUGACGCAGGCAGAGCUUGUGCCUCAUUUGAAUUGGCGCCGGCAGGAGAGGACGGAAGCCGUUGGACAUUGGAAAGCUAAGGUUUAUGAUAUGUUAAACGUUCUGGUGACUGUGAAGUCAAGGCGUGUGCCGGGGGCGAUGACAGAUGAGGAGCUGUUUGCGAUGGAGGGGGAGGAGAAGAAUGGGAGGGGCACUGAACUUGACGCGGAGCUGGAUGAAGUGUUGACAGCCGAAGAGAGGAAACAGCUUGAUUCUGCGUUGAGAAUGGGGAACCAGGAAGAAGAAUUUGAGGAGAGGUGCGAGGAAGGUGAUGGCGGGGCUGAUCAUUUGGAUGCAAAUGGCGUGGCAAAAGAUAAGAAGGGAUGGUUUGGUUGGGGUGGCAAGAAAGGCACCAAGAAUGACGAGAAACCAUCCAAGGCGAAUCAAGGGAGUAAGGAUGAAUCAGGUGACCUAGGAAAGGGAAAGGAGAAGAACAGCAGCAAGAAGAAGAAGGGUGCAUCAUCAGGGGAUUCUACUAAACAUGAAAGUGAAUACAAGAAGGGGUUAAGACCAGUGUUGUGGCUGACACCAGAUUUCCCUUUGAAGACGGAUGAACUGAUCCCUCUGCUUGAUGUCUUAGCAAACAAAGUGAAAGCUGUCAGAAGGCUUAGGGAACUCUUGACUACUAAACUGCCUCCAGGCACAUUUCCGGUGAAGAUUGCGAUACCUAUUGUUCCAACAAUACGAGUCAUCGUGACAUUCACAAAGUUUGAGGAAUUACAACCUUUGGAUGAGUUUGCUACCCCACCCUCAAGCCCAACGCAAUUCCAGGAUGCCAAGGGCAAAGAAUCAGAAGGAUCAGGCUCAUGGUAUUCGUGGGUUAGAGGGGGGCGUGGUGCACAGUCCAGUGAUAGUGGUGAUAGCCGUAACUGGAAAGAUGAGGUUGAUCCAUUCCAAAUACCUUCUGACUACACCUGGGUUGAUGCCAACGAGAAGAAACGGAGGAUGAAGGCAAAGAAAGCCAAGAACAGGCGGGGCUCAACUCGGAAACAAUCAUCGAAAAGCACCUCGUCGGAAGGAGGUCACCCGAUGAUGGAUGGCUUUGAGGAGUAAAAAAGUUUCGCCACAUAGCAGGUCACCUUUCAUUCAGAGAUGUUAGAUGUUGAUGUCAGCUGUGCUGCGCACCUGACAGCAUAGAUUGAUAAUGUGCUCUGGAGAACGCGUAGUUGAUUGGAUCUCCUCGAGGAAGUACAGGAUGGCUAUAUACCCCGCUAAUCUGUAAUUCAAUUCUAUUUUUUGCCCCCUUAUUUUCUUCUUCCAGCUGGAUGUAUGUUUGAUGAUCAUGAUGAUACGGCCCUGUUGUUGUUAAAGAUGUGUUUUGUGGGGGGCUUUUUAGCUGUAGCACUUCCCCUCCUGUUGUACGAAAACCCUCGAAUCUGGCAGUGAUUUUCUCGCAAAGAGGAAGCUCAAUGCACAUGCUUGCUUAU